CCCACACACACACACACACACACUCUGACCGGAGGCUUCGAGGACACUCAAUAAAAUGUAUUUUAUAAAUAUAUAUACUCAAGAGUCAGUUUGUGUUGAUCGUGGACACUUUCAUUUGGCUACAAAUCUGAUGAAAUUGUUUCAAGGCAGCAUUAGUGGUAUUUUGCAUUUAUGUAAUUUGGCUUUUAUUUUGAAAUUACAACCUAAUCCCGCUAUAAUACAAAGUCAGGGUUCUUUUGCCUUUAUGCACUGCUUGUACUUAAAUUUAUUUGGACUUGAAUAAAAUUAUUUUUCUACAGAUACAUUGGUUUGUUUCUGUACCAAACUUUAUCUUCAGAGAACUACAAAAGUCCUCAAAUUGUAGUUUAAUGCAGAUAUGCGAGUAAUUAAGUCCUCCUUUCUGCACGUUCUGCAGAAGUCAUGUGAUUGGAGGCUUUGUCCACGCUUUUCUUAGUCACAAAACCUGAACUUAAAAACCAUGACGUUUUCCCGGUGAGCGCACCGGCGCUGCGCUGCGCUCCUCUCUCCAACAGUCCGGAGCGCUUGCACACUGCGGACUUUUGCCCUCCGUCUCUGAUAGGUGAAGAUAAGCCAAACGGCGUUAAAGCAGCGCAAACAUGCUUUCACCAAAGUUGACUAAAAAGCCGUCCAAGUAUGUCUCCAAGUCGUCGGGCGGCGCGGUGGAUCAGAUCUGUAUGGUCGACUGUGGCUGUAAGCCGGACUGCACCUGUAGCGUCCACUCGGCCGGCAGCAGGAGACACUGCGCGCCCGAGUUUAAGGAGAAUGGCCUUGAGAUCGAGAAUCAAGGCCUUGACAACUUGGCCUACGAGUAUGGGAGUCAGAGCGAGCUCUGCCCUCCACCCAAAACGGCCUCCAGAGCUACUUUUAAACUCCUGGGACUCGGCCCCGAGCACCAGAACCAGGCCAUCGAGAGCAGAAUCUGCAGCCUGAAUGGAGUUCUUGCCGUCAGCUUGUCUUUACCCAGCAGCUUGGCCAAAGUGGACUAUGAUGCCUCAGUUAUCACAACCAAAGACAUCGCCCUGGAGCUCCAGAGGCUGGGACUCAACGUGGAGUCAGUGGCGCGGAUCAGGGUGGAUGGCAUACACUGCCAGUCCUGUGUGCAGUCCAUUGAGGGACAGAUUGGUCCUCUACCUGGGGUGUCACAUAUUCAGGUGUCCCUUCAGGACGCUGCAGCGCUGAUUGUGUAUCAACCUCAUCUAGUGACCCAACAGGAGCUGAGAGACAGCAUCGAGGAGAUGGGUUUUGGUGCCUCUUUAUCAGCCGAUGAUCCAUCUGGAUCUGAUAUAAGCUACUGGCAGAGGGACGUAUUGAACUCGACUGUAACCAUUUGGAUUGUAGGGAUGACUUGCAACUCUUGCGUGCGGUCCAUAGAAGGGAGGAUCUGUCAGAUGACAGGAGUGCAGUCCAUCGCGGUGUCACUGAAGGAGGAAAAGGGAACGGUCAACUUCGACCCCAGUCUGACGGAGCCGGAGCAGCUCAGGGCAGCUAUAGAGGACAUGGGCUUUGACGCAUCGCUUGAAGAACCUGCAUCUGUAAAGACCGUCCAGCCUCAUGAAAACUCCAGGCCUGUUAGCUCUGGACUUUCUGACCUCUCUGACUUGCAACUGCCCAAUAAAGCGGGAGUCAGCAAUGGCACCGGAUCACAGGCGACCUCUGGAAGCCAGAUUAAAGCACAAAAAUGCUUCAUUUGCGUGACGGGAAUGACCUGUGCCUCCUGUGUGGCCAACAUUGAGAGGAACCUGCACAAACACAGAGGAAUCGUCAUGGUGUUGGUGUCACUCAUGGCUGGAAAGGCGGAGGUGAAGUAUGAUUCAGAAGUCCUGGACGCUGCUGCUGUAACUCAGCUCAUAGAAGACUUAGGCUUUGGUGCCAAACUGAUAGAGGACAAUGCAGUAACAGACGGGAAGCUGGACCUCACUAUAACGGGCAUGACAUGUGCGUCAUGUGUGCACAACAUUGAGUCCAAGCUCACCUCCACCAAAGGGAUCCUUGGGGCCUCCGUCGCCCUUGCAACCAAGAAAGCCCAGAUCCAGUUUGACCCAGAAGUGCUGGGAGCUCGAGAUAUAAUCAAGAUCAUUCAGAGUCUUGGGUUCGAGGCCAGUCUGGUGAAGACAAGCUUCACAAACAACCUCGAUCACACCGAAGAAAUUCGACAGUGGAAGAACUCCUUUCUUUUCAGCCUUGUUUUCGGCCUGCCCGUCAUGGGCCUCAUGGUCUACAUGAUGGUGAUGGACAGUCAGCACCAGGAACAUGGAGGCUCCAUGCCUGAGGAGCAGAACCUGAUGCCCGGCCUCUCCCUCCUCAACCUGGCCUUCUUCCUGCUCUGUACACCUGUGCAGAUCUUUGGAGGCCGAUACUUCUACGUCCAGGCUUAUCGCGCGUUGAAACACCGCACAGCCAACAUGGACGUGCUCAUCGUGUUGGCCACCUCUAUUGCCUACAUCUACUCCUGUGUGGUCCUCAUUGUAGCCAUGGCCGAGCGAGCCGGCCAGAGCCCCGUCACCUUUUUCGACACUCCACCCAUGCUGUUUGUGUUCAUCGCGCUGGGCCGAUGGCUGGAGCACAUUGCAAAAAGUAAAACCUCAGAGGCGUUGGCCAAAUUAAUGUCACUUCAAGCCACUGAUGCCACUGUGGUCACUUUGGGACGAGACCACUCCAUCAUCAGUGAGGAGCAGGUGGUGGUGGAGCUAGUCCAGCGGGGCGACAUCGUAAAAGUCGCUCCAGGAGGAAAGUUCCCUGUCGACGGGAGAGUGAUUGAGGGAAACUCCAUGGCAGAUGAGUCCUUGAUCACAGGGGAGCCGAUGCCUGUCAGUAAGAAGGUGGGCAGCUUGGUGAUUGCCGGCUCCAUCAACGCUCACGGGGCUCUUCUGGUGGAGGCCACUCACGUCGGUGCCGACACGACUCUGUCUCAAAUCGUUAAAUUGGUGGAAGAGGCCCAAACCUCGAAGGCCCCCAUCCAGCAGUUUGCAGACAGGCUCAGCGGCUACUUCGUGCCCUUCAUAGUUAUCGUUUCUCUGCUGACACUGCUCGCCUGGCUGGCAAUUGGGUUUGUCAACUUUGACAUUGUGAAGGAGAACUUCCCGGGUUACAACAAAAACAUCUCCAAGGCGGAAGUUAUCGUCCGCUUUGCCUUCCAGGCCUCCAUCACCGUUCUGUCCAUCGCCUGCCCCUGCGCUCUGGGGCUGGCAACCCCGACAGCUGUCAUGGUGGGCACUGGGGUCGGAGCUCAGAACGGGAUCCUCAUUAAAGGAGGCGAGCCACUGGAGAUGGCCCACAAGAUCAAUGUGGUGAUGUUUGACAAAACCGGUACGAUUACAAACGGCGUGCCUCGGGUGACUCGUGUGCUGGUGUUGUGGGAAAUGGCCCGCAUGCCGCUGAGGAAGAUCCUGGCGGUGGUCGGCACAGCGGAGGCCAGCAGCGAGCACCCGCUGGGCAUGGCCGUCACCAAACACUGCAAAGAGGAGCUGGCCAGUGACUUGCUGGGCUACUGUCAGGACUUCCAGUCCGUGCCCGGUUGUGGGAUCAGCUGCCGGAUUUCUAACGUGGAACAUCUGCUGCAGCAGCCGAAUGAAGAGCUCUUCCUGCUGCCGGGAGCCACCACCGACGAAAGCAGCCUGCUGUCUGCUGCCGACACCACGUCUGCAGGUGAGCCUCUGUCUUACUCCGUCCUGAUUGGGAACAGAGAGUGGAUGAGGAGGAACGGCCACCACAUCGGAGCAGACGUUGAUGCCGCUAUGGCCAGCCACGAAACAAAAGGACAGACUGCUAUCCUGGUAGCUAUAGAUGGUGUGCUGUGUGCCAUGUUAGCCAUCGCAGACACGGUGAAGGCAGAGUCAGCAUUAGCGGUGCACACGCUCAACAGCAUGGGCAUCGAGGUGGUGAUGAUAACAGGAGAUAACAGGCGCACUGCGAAAGCCAUCGCUGCACAGGUGGGGAUCAGAAAGGUGUAUGCGGAGGUGCUGCCUUCACAUAAGGUGGCAAAAGUGCAGGAGCUGCAGGAACAAGGCCAGCGAGUGGCCAUGGUGGGGGAUGGCGUCAACGACUCGCCCGCCCUCGCUCGGGCCGACGUCGGCAUCGCCAUCGGCACAGGUACCGACGUGGCCAUCGAGGCGGCCGACAUCGUCCUGAUUCGAAAUAACCUGCUGGACGUGGUGGCCAGCAUUGAGCUGUCCAAGAAGACGGUGCAGAGGAUAAGGACCAACUUUGUCUUCGCCCUCAUCUACAACCUCGUAGGAAUACCCAUUGCUGCAGGUGUGUUCAUGCCUGUUGGCCUGGUGCUCCAACCCUGGAUGGGCUCCGGUGCGAUGGCUGCCUCGUCCGUCUCCGUGGUUCUGUCGUCUUUACUGCUGAAAAUGUACAAGAAAACCUCGGUGGAGCUGUAUGAGGUGCGAGCGCUGGGCCACAUGAGGAGCCUUCGGUCGUCGCAGAUCAGCACACAUGUGGGUCUGAACGACGAAGCUCGGGAGCAGCUGAGCCAAAGCGGCCCCGUCUCACCCGUCCAGGGACCGUCCAUUAACUCUGCCCAGGAGCGGGACCGCUACUCCCUCCUGGAUUACCAGACUGCAGAGGACCUCAAUGUGUUGUGAAGGGAAGAAGGACUGAGAUGUCACACAUGGUUCUGGUUCUCAUGUUAAGGAAUUUGUAGUAUUUCUAUGUAUUUAUGUAAAUAGAGAAGGCUAAUUGUGCACAGAAACUCACCUUUAGCGCAUGAAGCUAAACCACUGUUAUUGUUGGCUCUGAGGACACCGGUUAAUAACAAAGAAUCAAGCUGCUAACACUUAAAUUGAGGCUUUUGCUGAAGCAUUGUGUCAUUUUCUGCAUUUUUUUUUCUCACAUAAAUCAAACUUGCAAUGGGAAAUGGGUUUGCUUGUGUGAACAAAUGCACUUUUACGAUAUACCUAAGUCAAAGUAAAGCCACGGUGUUUGGAUAAGACUGUGUCGGUGUGAGAGUCUCGGGUUAUAAAUAAUACAUGAGCAGAUAAGUCAACACUUUCUACAACGUGUUUGUGCCGGUUUCAUUCAACUGCUCUGAUUCUGUGCUUUGAUUGUAAAAGUGUCCUUCCAGCUAAGACGGAAAUAUUUUCCCAUGUUGCUGUGUUUUAGGCUCUUAUUCUUAAAAGCUACGUACCUAAAGUGCUGCAGUUAUUUAAAGAUGUGAAGAAGAAGAAGUGGAGGGCAGACUUUCUGGACAUUUCUUGCCAAUGUAUUUUGAGCCUGGCCAGGGAUAAUUAAUGGAGUAGAUUAAUCAAAUGAUUCAUGGACCAGAAAGAAUAGUUUCACAAUACAUAUAUAGGUUUUACGAAUAUAAAUAUGACUUUUGUCUUGCUCCCAGCUCAUAUGAAAGAUCUUUUUCACAGCAGACAUUUUGACAUAUGAAAGCAGGAAACGCAAAGUAUUAUUAACAGUAAUGAAUUGAAUGUCCAGUCUUAAUGUUAUUAAUAAUACCCGUGCUUUUCCUGCUCAGCCACGCCAAAUUGUCCAUUCAUAAUUCCUCUGUAACACUGACUGUAGACAUUAGAAACUGAUGUUCUCACACACGUCACAUUCAGUGCAAUCCAAGCCACACAAACUGCUAUUUCAGUUAAUAUUCAAUGCAUCUUUUUUGUUAUUUUGUUGGUGUUUCCAUAGACGUUUUGAAAACUUCAGUUUCAGUUGGAGGGUAAUCCAGGGCCUUUGACCUCUUGUAGGGUCACUCACACGGAGCCUCUUUAAGCCCUCCUGGUUGUCAGAGUCACAUGAGUCCAGGUGUGAACGGGUGCCUGGGUAGCGAUGUGAGUGCAGCUUAUUAAACGGUCGAUAAAGGCCGGGGUGUUCGAGCCUUGCAAGAUGUGACAAUCGUUCAAAUGGGGAUAAUGGCGCUGAGCCCUCAGAGGCUUUCACGGUGUUGCACUCCUUUGUGCAUAGUGUUUGAGCCAGAAGUUGAAACCUUUCCUACCUUCACACCUCGGAGGAAAGCACUGGAGUGGACAUGAUUGUCAGUUUCAGAAGAAGACAGAUCUGAGAAAUCUGAAAGCCCUUAGUUUGAACCUGUAGCACUUUUGUGUUGUACUUUGUCUCUGCAUUGUAUAGUCUUUGCAUUCCUUCUAUUUCUACAAGGUCUUUAUUGUUGUUUAGUUCUGUGUUGCUAGGUUUGAAAAAACACAGGGAUGCAGAGUCGCAGAUUAAAUGUCUGUUAUUUUCUUCUGUU